AUGUCUGGAGUCGGGUUCACUCAUGAAGACCUUGCUUCGAAUUUUCGACAAUGGGCGCGGUCGAACUUGACGACUUCCUUAAAAAAGUCUAGUACAUUGCGAAGCUUAUCAAGCAGGUGUUCAGAGGAUAUGGAGGAGCUUAUUAAAAGUCUUAGAGUAAGCGAAAUUCACUUAAUGGAGCCGUUUACGUCAUGGACUGAUCAGAAUAAGCGGUGGUGGAACGCUGCCACGACGGGCAAUCUUCAUGAAAUGGUUCUUCUUCUAAAAGAAGAGCCAAAUAUUUUGCAUUGGAAAGUAAGCCUUCAGAUUAGUGUUGCCUUUGCCAACCUUCUCGUUGGUUUUUUCCAGACUGCCAUUCACUACAUUGCGAAAAUUGGAAAUCUCCGCUGUCUGGACCUACUAGUGAAACAGUUCCGGGCUAAUGUUGAUGUUCAGUGCAAGGGUUGCACCCCUCUCCAUAUCGCCGUAGCGCACUCCCAAAGGCUUUUCGUCCGUUCUCUUGUGCAAAUCUACCAUGCAAGAACAGACAUAAUGGACUACGCGGGUCGAUUCCCCCGUACACUGUUAUCAGAGGAUAUGAAAGAGGAUUUAGAGGACUUGUUAACUUCUGGGCGGUUAGCUGAAAUGCGUAAGCAGUUUGUUAUAAAUAAAACCCUGCCUCUGACUUUAUUUCACGUGUUUUAUUGCUCAUUUUCUUUUGCAGUCGAAAUCCAGGAACAUCCUCCUGCCAAUCAUCGAAAAUCAUCUUUUUCCAAUAAAAAGCCUCUUCUCUCUGCAGCCGAGGACACCUUAAGUAAGAUUUCCUCAAAGUCGGGUCCCGCCAAAGUCCAUCCCGACGACUGUCACGCCCGCCUCCUCCUUUCCACGCUGUCACGCGACCAGGAAUACGUGAGUACCCUCGUCCGCCGACUGCGCCACGGCACCGUAGUACCGCCCUCACCUCCUUCAGGUGGCAGUUCCACCACCCGCAAGUCCGCCUGCCAAAAGAGCCUCACCCUCAAAAGGAGUUCCGUCUUUGGCGGUAGAGGUGGAUGUGGGACAGACAGCGAGCGAAAAUCCAGUGUUUUCAAAAUCCCUCACCUUCCCAAUCCUUCACGACAGCUCAGCUCUGCUUCCCUGUCUGUUGGAACUCUUUUGAGGCGUGGUAAAGGGCAUCUGAUGGGCAGGCGACGCGCCAAGUCAAAGACGGCAUCACUGCUUGUAGGUGCCACCGAAAGGCAUUCGUUCGCGGGACUCGAACAACUAGCCUCGCGACUUGGGAGUGUCAACGGUGUAUCGCGCCAGCCCUCAAAUGUAUCCGACGGCGUGACGGUAAAGGAAACUCUGCCUCUCCAAAAAUCAUCUUCAGACGACUUCGGGAUUUUCGACUCCGCCUCAUCUUCAACCAGUCUUGGCCGACAACGAACUUCAAGCCUCUCCUCGCUGGUGGCUUGCACUGAGGACCUCUUUAGCCAAUAUUUUUCCUCCGUAUCCCCCCCUAAUCAAGAUUGA